UAUUUUAAUUAUAACUGAUCCAAAUGAGAAAAUUGUUAGGGAUUUCAACCAUAAGCAGCUUGUUGUUCUACCGAUGUAAAUUAACCAAGAGAAUUUGGCAUAUUGAUUUCAGCUACUUAACUGGAUGUGAGGCAGAAACACACUCAAUGGUUCGAUUCCUAACAUGAACAACGGUUUCAACGCUAUUACUAUUAUCAUUAUUAUCUUGCAGCGUUGUCAAAUAGCUGAGGUUAUAAAUGCAAUUAUGACAAAGAUGGCUACUGCACAUAAUUAAUUCCAGCAAUAUUUCACUUCUGUAUUAACAGUCAACUGAAGAUGAUACUGAACUUUGUCCAAACUGGAUUUUGGGAUAAACAAUAUAAAGUGAAAGCUAUUUUGACCUCCCAAACUCUGUAAAAAAAACCAUCCGAGAGACACAGUGAGCAACAUAUGCCAGUUCUCAGCAAUACAACAGGCAAAGAGAUAACUACUCUCAGCUGGAUUCUGAAAUGUUCCUACUCAUGACCGACCACAGCUCCACAGGCUUUCUCUGACUAAAAUGUUACACAACAUCAUUCUGACAGCUGUUGCUUUUUAAUACAGUACAUCUGCACAGUGUGCUUACAUUUGAAAGAAAACUAUGUAUAGCAUACAUUUACUUUUAAGUAAAUCCUAAAUAUUUUAAAACCAAAUUAUUAUCCUUUUCUACAAUGAAAGGUUCUCAUUAAAACCGAGAACAAUUUAAUCUUUUGAAAUAAUGAUUUAAUUGCACCCCAGCAACCCUGCACAAGAUAAGCAGUGUUGAGAAUGGAUGUAUGUAUGUUUGAAACUAUAGCUGUUAAUGGCUCCAUCAAUAUAGAAGACGGCUGAAAUUCUAGUAGGUGAAAAUAUUCUGCAUUUGCAUAUACUGCAACCAGGGAUUUUAUUCAGACUGAUGAAAUACAGCAGAUUAAGUUAUGAUCUUGUAAAAGAGUCAGCAAUAGGUUCUCUCUGCCAAUCUUUCUGAAAUUUCACACAGUACCCUCUUUUAAUCCUGAGUGGGGCACUACUGCCAUCGCAUGUUAUUUUUCUGUAAGGCACUCUGGAAAGAGUUGUUUUGUGAUUUGGCUCAAUACACCAGAGCUGCCACUUAAAAAAUGCAAAACAUGCAUUCACUUUAGAAAAAUAAAUAGGGUGUGAAAUUUUCUUGAAAAAAAAUAUUAACGUUUCUUUUCCCACUCAGACAUUCUAAGUAAAUUUCACAAGAGUGUUUCUGAGUAAAUUUGACUAGGAAAUAAAAAUGUACAUCUCCUGUCUUAUUUUGUUUGUCGUGACCGAUUUUUAUUUAUUUACGUAUUUAAUGUUAACCGUUUAUUAAUUCAUACUAUUUUGCAUGUUUUUACAAUUUUUUAUUUAAAAUUUAAUAAGAGAGGGCCAAUACUUUUCCACAGCACUGUAUAUUCAGACCUUCAUCUUGUGACACGUUGAACAGCAACCCUGAAAAUAUCCCGCACUACAUUUGCAGCUGCUGAUGAGUGAUGUGCUUUCUUUCCACAUACAGAUAAAAGCACUCUUUCCAGCUGCGCUUCGCUGCACUUUCCGUGAUGACCCUUUUGAUGCUGCUUUAUCCAUCUCAUUGGUGGCAAUCAGGGUGAGAGCGUGAGCUGCACACCGUUGAUGAAGGGAGAGGAAUAAAUGAAGCUCAUCUCAUCUCCCUCAAUUUCCAGAACAAUGUCCAUAUCCAAGAAUCGGAUUCCAUUGUCAAAAUCAGGCAGUUCUUUUAGUCAGAAAAAGCUUUCACAAAGUUACUCAAGUUGUCCAUAACAGUAGUUCCUAUUUUUUGUGGCAACUUGUAGUCUAUAUGUAUUUCACAUGUUUUUGCCGUAAAAGUAUGCCAUCCACUCAACAUAUAUGUAUCAUAUGUAUUUUGUUGGUGAACACUGGAUUAUGGCGACACGUAGUAUUACGUAGAGAGGGAGCUCGAGAGGGAGAGACGCAUUAUCUUCAACCCGGUUCAUCCUUCCUAAUGUCUUCUGGCUGUUGAACCACCAUGACACCACAACAGUACGUAUCCAGAAACUUAAUUGCUGCUCAAACCAAAGGAGCGAUACAUCCGGAUACCUUUUAUGGUGAGCCUCACAAGUUUGAUCCUUUCUUCAAAGGUCCAGUCCACAGAAGAAGCUGCACAGAUGUCUUAUGCUGUUGGGUCUUUGUUCUUGCCAUUCUUUCCUAUGUGGCCAUUGGAAUAGUGGCCUGGUUACAUGGUGACCCCAGGAAGGUGCUCCAUCCAACAAACAGCUAUGGCGAGUUUUGUGGUCAGAUGGGAACCUCCAAUGCGAAGAGGCCCAUUCUCUUCUAUUUCAACAUCUUGAAAUGUGCCAAUCCUUCUAUUCUAAUUAACCUACAGUGCCCAACAACACAGAUGUGUGUCUCAAAGUGCCCCGACAAAUUCGCGACUUAUACUGAGAUGCAGCUGGAGCACAAACUUGGCAACAGUUACUGGCAGUAUUACAGACAAUUCUGCAAACCUGGCUUUAACAACCCCAACAAGCCAGUAUCUGAGGUUCUACGAGACGAGGAUUGUCCCUCUAUGAUCGUGCCAAGUAGACCAUUUCUUCAGAGAUGUCUUCCAGAUGUCAUCACUCUUAAUGGCACUGUGACAGUGGCAAAUAAGACACGGUUCAAAGAUUCUCUUCAAACAGCACGCAGCGCCAAUGAACUCCAAGAUGCUGCCAAUGGAGUAAAAGGACUAGUGGAUACUCGGGAGAUGGGCUUGAAGAUAGUGGAAGAUUAUGCUAAAUCUUGGCCAUGGAUUCUUGUAGGUCUUCUGGUGUCCUUGGCAUUAAGUUUCCUCUUUAUAGUGCUGCUGAGAUUCACAGCCGGGCUGAUGUUGUGGUUUACCAUCAUAACUAUCAUGCUGCUCGUGGCAUAUGGUAUGUGGUACUGCUCUGUGGUGUUACUCCGACUCGGACAUGAUCAAGGUUCUGAUGUAUCUAUUGUGGAAGUUGGACUGCAGACAGAUCUCAAAGUCUAUCUACAACUCAGAGAAACGUGGAUAAUUUUUUUGACAUCCCUUGGAGUGACAGAGGUUUCAAUUGUGUUGAUACUGGUCAUCAUGAGGAGGAGGGUCACGUUGGCCAUUACCCUGCUCAGAGAGGCAAGCAAAGCCAUCGGCCACGUCAUGUCGACCCUUUUUUAUCCGGUUGUAACAUUUCUUUUGUUGACUGUUAGUAUUUCCUACUGGGCUGUUACUGCUGUUUACUUAGCAUCCUCAGGUGAUGCCAUAUAUAGAGUUAUGUCCCCUGAUGUGAGCUGUCCACAUUCCAACAACACAUGCAAUCCAGAGACUUUCAACAGAAGCAACAUAUCUAAAGAAACAUCCUGUGAGGGUUCUCAGUGCCUGUUUGCAUUUUAUGGAGGAGAGACACCCUACCACCGUUACAAUUCCCUACUACAGAUUUCCAACUUGCUGAUGUUUCUCUGGCUGGUUAACUUCAUCUUGGCCCUGGAACAAUGCACUCUUGCUGGAACAUUUUCCAGUUACUACUGGGCUAAGAGGAAGCCUGAGGAUGUCCCUCCCUGUCCAUUGUUCUCAUCCUUCAGCAGGGCAAUCAGGUAUCACACAGGGUCUUUGGCAUUUGGGGCUCUCGUUCUCUCUGUUGUCCAGCUUUUUCGAAUUACACUGAAAUACUUGGAGAAGAAAUUAAAAGGGCUUGAUAACAGCCUGUCCAGGUUUAUACUGUGCUGUCUGACUUGCUGUUUCUGGUGUUUGGAAAAAUUCCUUCGCUACAUGAAUCGAAAUACUUACAUAAUGGUGGCAAUCUAUGGCAAGAACUUCUUUAGGUCAGCUCAAGACGCAUUCUUCCUUCUCACGAGGAACAUGGUCAGGGUUGCAGUUGUGGACAGAGUGACUGAUUUUCUGUUGUUUUUGGGAAAAGUAAUGAUAGCAGGAGGAGUUGGUGUUUUAAUGUUACUUUUCUUCACAAAGAAAAUCACCCUUUUCCAGGAGGAAGUACCCUAUCUCCAUUACUACGAGGUUCCUCUCAUGACAACGAUGGUGGGUGCCUACCUGAUCGCUCAUGGUUUCUUCAGUGUUUAUGCCAUGUGCGUCGACACAUUUUUCCUUUGUUUCUGUGACGACUUGGAGAGGAAUGACGGUAGCGCAGAAAAACCUUUCCUCAUGUCACCUGAAUUGCACAGGAUUCUUGGAAAAUCCUCCCGGUCAUGUUGAACCCAAAUACUGCUGUGGGAACUGUGGGAGAAAAACAGGCUUUUUGAUAUAUGAAUACAUUUUCAUGUUUCACUGUAUUGCAAUAAGCCUCAUUAGAUGCGUGAUUCAGAAACCCAUUGCCAAAUUUUCCACACAAAUAAAUAGACCUACUCUGCUUCUGACCAGAUACAAAUGGAAUUUUUUAACACUCUUCAAAUUAUUUGUUAUGUUCGAUUUCAAAAUAGAUUACAUUGACUCUGUUUUGUAAAAUUCUCCAAAAUCUAUUCUUUGGAUUCCCGUUGAAAUUAUUUCAAAGCCAAAUUUAACAAGCCCGCUAUGGUCUAGGCUUCUAAGGAGACAGCUUAGAUUCAAAUGGGCUCAAUCUUAUGGACCGGUGGGGAAUUGUGGACAGGGUGGGCUGUACCCAAGUACAAGGAUGAUUCAUAUGGGGUAGUGGUUACAGGUAUAUAAAAUAAAAAAAAUAGCAUUCUGAUCAAUUGCUGACGACUCCAUUCAAAAGCAAAAUCCCUGACCUACAUAAUGAAGAAACAUGCUAAAAUGGUCUGAACUUUUGUAAUUAGUGAUCACAGCAAAAAACAGGAGGAAGACAAAGCUUCUUCUGUGACGCACUUUAUUUGUUGAACUAAUGAGGUGCUGCUCUCCAAAGGCUAACAACUAAUUCCCAAUUGGUUCCAGAGCCACACUUGUCUAUGUUGUAAACAAAGUGUGACGCCCACCAGAGUAAAGAUGUAUGACAGAGCUGCA